AUGCCAACUUCCAAACCGGCUAUCCUUCUUAUCCCCGGCGCAUGGCAUCAGAGCGAAUGCUGGAAACCUGUCACCAAUCUCCUUGAAGGCGAAGGAUAUUAUGUCGAACCUGUAACCCUCCCCUCUGCCGGUGGUCCCCCCUCGACUAGUGUCGCCGACGAUGCGGCCUAUAUUCGCAGCAACUAUCUGGAAAGUCUUGUAGCUCAAGGUCGAGAAGUGAUCAUCGUCAUGCACUCCUACGGCGGUGUCCCGGGCACCGAAUCGGUCAAAGGAUUCGCGAGAAAGGAUAUCGCAGCACAAGGAAAAUCCGGUGGUGUGAUUGCACUGGUGUAUACGACGGCAUUUCUGAUCCCGGGUGGUCAGAGUGUCGCUGAGUCUUUGCCCAGUGAUAGCCCAACGAUCAUUAGCCCGGUUAUGGAUGGCGACGCGACACAGGCAAAUGAUCCGAGGUUUCAUUUCUAUAAUGACCUCGACGAUGAAACUGCCGCGAAACAUGUGGACGCACUGGUCCAUCAUGCCAUGCCGUCCUUCCUGAGUCCCUUCACGUAUGAGGCUUAUCGGGAUGUGCCAACGACUUACCUGUUUUGCGAGCGGGAUCAGGCCAUCAGGCCCGAUUUCCAGAGAGAGAUGGUGGCCAAUGCGGGGGAUAAUGUGGUGCGGACUUAUACCUGCGCCUCCGGUCACUCUCCUAUGUUAUCUGUCCCGGAGAAGGUUGUCGAGGUUAUCAAUGAUACUGCGAUUCUUGUUCGC